CCCUCGUUGACGGAGGAAAAAGGGAACACAAACACCACAGCAAAGCAGAUCAGAGACGAACUGAAUGCCAAGCAUUCGUCAGCAGCCAUGACGUCGGCUGCCUCAGGCUGCAUUCUUCUUCUCUUGGGGCCCGUCUUGUUGAGCGCCGAGGCCGUCGAUGACGCCGUCCUUGACCUCUACAGGACACCAAGGGAGGGCUCGCUGUCUUAUUACUGGAAUCUGAGCGAGUCGCAACGCGGGACGUGCUUCCAGUGGCCUGAGCCGGCCGCCGGCAAGAAUGGCGUGUGGACAAGGUGGGAGACACACACAUUGUCAAGGAUGUGCAACCAAGGCUUCUGGACUGCCCUAUAUGGCCAAUCGACGCUGUCUUCUGCCUUUUUGUUGCAGCGUAGCGUUACCUGUCGUGUCGUCGCAGACCUUUUACGACGGGAGGACUUGCGGCAUGUGCAUCGAGUUCCUCCACACGGAUGUCGGCCGGGGGCCGCGCUACUUGGGGUCCAAACAUGGAGGGCCAGAGGAGCACCAACCGCCAGCCAACGAGCGGACUCGUCUGUUUGUCAACAAUGCGUGAGCUGCCGGCUGAUACGUCCAUGGAGACACACAUCUGUGCCUGUGUCUGUCUCCAUCUGCCCAUGUUGCCGGCAGCUGUGGCGACUGCGAGUAUGAGAAUCAGAUGGACGUGUCGCUCAAUAGCAGGUCGGCCUUGCACACACACCUACACACACACAUAUAUGAGCGCACUCAGCAAAGGAAGACACAAAGAUGACCAUCUUAUGUCUUGUGUCGAUCGGCAGGAAGGGGCUGUGGCAAGCGACCUGGGUGGCUGUGGACUGUGAGCCAGACACCACUCCCGUGCAGUUCAUCUUCGGCCGUGGCUCCUCGGAGCACUUCAUCGGGGUAGCCUGACUAACAGAGACAUGGCCCAAACAUCACGCCCAUGUAUUGUGUGUUAGUCUAUCUCUUGGAUGCAGUUGCAGGCCCGCAAUCUGCCGAUACCCGUCAAGGGUAUCGAAUACUACCAUCCGAUCAACGACAAGUGGUAUACGAUGAGCCAAGGCUUCACAGGUCUGCUCAUAUCGGCCGGCCAUGCAGUGGAUGAGAGAAAGGGUACAUACUGACAUGUGUUGUGUUAUAUCCGGUAUGCAUCACUCACUGGACGGACGCAGGCAUGUUCAAGUUCCAAGCGACAGAGACUGGCCUUGGCUGGCCCGACGAGCUCUUGAAGCCUCCAUUGCGGGUUCGAGUCACCUCACUCAAGGCAAGCAACCAAGCAAGCCCCCUCAACCACCACUUCCCACAUCCAUCCCUGUCUCCCCCCUGUCCUGUUUGCCUUCAGGGGCAGGCUCUCGAGACAAAUGUCUCCCGCAUAGGGGAGGCCUUCGAGGUCAUCGACUCUGAUCCACCCAUAUUUUUUGAGGGCAUCACGGGCGACGCCCCCACCGGCUCAUGCACCGCAGUUGAAGAGGCCAGCAGGACGCCAUGCGGCCCCUCAGACGUGAGUGAGAAUGGCUGUGCGCUGCUCCACUGCUGCUGGAGUGGAGAGGGAGAGGAAGGCCCGUCGUGUUACCGCCGUGAGGGGGAUGAGAGGACCGAUUUGUCAUCAGGUGGCCAACGUGUUACGGAUCAGUACGACUCGAGUGCAUGGAAGCCACACAGGAGGCUGCCGUGGCUGCUGGUUGGUGUGUUGGUCUGCGUCAGGUGGCUAGCUUGUCAACGACCCACCAUUGCGCUGGCUGAUGUGGUGAUGUGGUGAAUUUUUCCGUCCUAUUUUUCGUCGACCGCAGGAUGAUAGGCUGGGUUGACUGGUG